AUGUUUACAGCUGUACGUGCAAAUCCAUCAGAUGGAGAAGUCAUAGCAACUGACACAUUAAAUGCACCUGUUUCCACAUGUAUUACAAAUGUUAUCCCAAAUUCUAUCAUAUCAAGUGGAGUCGGCGAGGAGGAUAACUAUUUAACAGGUCAUUUAAUGGGUGAAUACACUGGUCCAGUUGAAUCUGUUUUACCACGAGAAUUCAGGCAAAGACUUCAUAAACAUUUUGCUAGAAUCGAACGUGAAUUUGAACGAGAGUAUAGAAGGUUAUAUAGCGAAAACUUAGCAUUACAAGAACGUUUGGAGAAAUUUGAAGAUGGUGAUCAUUCAGAAACAAUAACCUUGGUAAAAAAAUUGGGGGCAAGUAUGCUGUCACAGCGUAUCAAACAACAAUAUAAACAAUCCACAUCUCGUCUAGUUUCAAGUCUUCGUCAAUCUACUGGUCAUUCUUCCAGUAAUAUAGGUCAAGGAUGCACAUAUUCUGUUACCCAACCAGGAAUAACAGCUACAACUUGUGUUGGUGUAACUUCAAAUACUCUUUCUGUUGCCAUCAAUAGUUCGUUAAAUUAUUCAGGGAAUAUUGCUUUGCCUAGUGGUGGUAGCACAACUGGACAUGGGACAGCCAUUUUUGCUGGAAGCUUUUCAGGACACAAUGGAAAUUUCCAGUUGAUGAAUCGAGUGGCUGGACAUCGAGAUGGUAUAUGGGAGGUUACUUCAUUCAGGAGGUUUAUUGCGACUGCAUCUGCUGACAAUACUGCUCGUCUUUGGAUUAACGAUGGUCAAUUAAAUUGUUUAUUAGUCUAUAUGGGUCAUUCAGGUUCAGUAAACUCUGUUCGAUUUCGAAAUAAAGACAGUUUAAUGUUAACAUCUAGUGGAGAUGGAACUGCCCACCUUAUUCGUUUGCCAUUUGAUUUAAUAACUAAAGCUGCAACUUCACUUACAAGUGGAAAUACAUCUGGAGCUGCAUUGGAUGCCGUUGCCUCGGCUCUUGCUUCAGAAACUGCUGGAACGAGCCCUAUGGGUUUGGGAAUGAGUACAAUUUCAGGAACUGCUAUCAAGUCAGGGAUUGAUCCGGUUGGUUUGUAUGAUUCAAAUGAAACGAUGAAUUUAUUAGUUGGUUAUACAGAAGAAGAUCCCCCAGUUCGCAUUGCCGCUAUCCCACCUAUCGCCGUUCGACAUCCUCACGCAAUAUUUCAGUCUGCAAACUUAUGUUUAUCAUCAUCUAGUACAGUUUGGAACUCUACUGGUGCUUCAGGAUGCAAUGUUAUCGACUCAUCACCUUUAUCUGCUGCUGAUUUUGUUUACGGACGGGAACAGUUAGUAACAGCAUCGUGGGAUCGUCUAGGUAGAACAUAUGAUCUUGCAACUGGACAAGAGCUAGAAUCACUUACGGGACAUGAUGAUCAUUUGACAGAUGUACGUUGUGAACCAGGUGGGUUUCCUGUUGUUGUCACGUCGUCAAGGGAUUGUACAUUUCGUUUGUGGGAUUUUCGUCAACCAGGAAUGCGGGUUCAUGUUCAACAGGCUCAUAGUCAAACAGUUUCAACCACACAAUUUUUGGCACCUGGUUCUCCUGAACGUCUCAUAAGCGCUGGUGCUGAUAGGUUUUGUCGUAUUUGGGACUUGAGACAAAGCCGUGGUCCAGUUGUUAGCAUUAGAACCGAUGCAGCAAUCAAUCGCUUGGGUUUGUCUUGUUAUGGAUCAAGUGUAUCAUAUCAGCCAACAGAAACAAUUAAUCCUACUCCAACUGUAAUUGCAUCGUCUUCCAGUGAAGCUCCAUCACAAGCUGUUCAACAUGGGUCUGUGUUAAGUACUUCAGUUCAUAGUCCUUGUCCUUCCAGUUACCCCAAGUAUAUUGCUCUACCGCUGGCCAAUCGAGGAAUAAAGCUACUUGAUGUAAAUGGCAACAGAAUUGGUCGAUUAACUAGAUCGUCACAUGGUCAUUCUCGUAUGGUAACUUGUGUUGCAUGGGCAAAUGAAGGUGUUCACAAUCUCUUCUCAACUGGUUUUGACGGUCUCUUAUUGGCUUGGCAAAUUCACAUUGGAAAUGUUUAA